AUGCCCUCACUCUUAUUCCAACGCCCUCACUCUUAUUCACAUACCCUCCUCUUAUUCCAACGCCCUCACCCUUAUUCACAUACCCUCCUCUUAUUCCAACGCCCUCACCCUUAUUCACAUACCCUCCUCUUAUUCCAACGCCCUCACCCUUAUUCACAUAACCUCCUCUUAUUCCAACGCCCUCACUCUUAUUCACAUACCCUCCUCUUAUUCAACGCCCUCACUCUUAUUCACAUACCCUCCUCUUAUUCCAACGCCCUCACCCUUAUUCACAUACCCUCCUCUUUAUUCCAACGCCCUCACUCUUAUUCACAUACCCUCCUCUUAUUCCAACGCCCUCACCCUUAUUCACAUAACCUCCUCUUAUUCCAACGCCCUCACCCUUAUUCACAUACCCUCCUCUUAUUCCAAAGCACUCACUCUUAUUCACAUACCUUCUUCUUAUUCCAAAGCCAUCACUCUUAUUCACAUGCCCUCACUCUUAUUCACAUAACCUCCUCUUAUUCCAACGCCCUCACCCUUAUUCACAUACCCUCCUCUUAUUCCAAAGCCCUCACUCUUAUUCACAUACCUUCUUCUUAUUCCAAAGCCCUCACUCUUAUUCACAUGCCCUCACUCUUAUUCACAUACCCUCCUCUUAUUCCAACGCCCUCACUCUUAUUCACAUACCUUCUUCUUAUUCACAUGCCCUCACUCUUAUUCACAUACCCUCCUCUUAUUCCAAAGCCCUCACUCUUAUUCACAUACCCUCCUCUUAUUCACAUGCCCUCACUCUUAUUCACAUGCCCUCACUCUUAUUCACAUGCCCUCCUCUUAUUCCAACGCCCUCACUCUUAUUCACAUAACCUCCUCUUAAUCCAACGCCCUCACCCUUAUUCACAUAACCUCCUCUUAAUCCAACGCCCUCACCCUUAUUCACAUAACCUCCUCUUAUCCCAACGCCCUCACCCUUAUUCACAUACCCUCCUCUUAUUCCAAAGCCCUCACUCUUAUUCACAUACCUUCUUCUUAUUCCAAAGCCCUCACUCUUAUUCACAUGCCCUCACUCUUAUUCACAUACCCUCCUCUUAUUCCAACGCCCUCACUCUUAUUCACAUAACCUUCUCUUAUUCCAACACCCUCACCCUUAUUCACAUACCUCCUCUUAUUCCAAAGCCCUCACUCUUAUUCACAUACCUUCUUCUUAUUCCAAAGCCCUCACUCUUAUUCACAUGCCCUCACUCUUAUUCACAUAACCUCCUCUUAUUCCAACGCCCUCACCCUUAUUCACAUACCCUCCUCUUAUUCCAAAGCCCUCACUCUUAUUCACAUACCUUCUUCUUAUUCCAAAGCCCUCACUCUUAUUCACAUGCCCUCUCUUAUUCACAUACCCUCCUCUUAUUCCAACGCCCUCACCCUUAUUCACAUAACCUCCUCUUAUUCCAACGCCCUCACCCUUAUUCACAUACCCUCCUUUUAUUCCAAAGCCCUCACUCUUAUUCACAUACCUUCUUCUUAUUCACAUGCCCUCACUCUUAUUCACAUACCCUCCUCUUAUUCCAAAGCCCUCACUCUUAUUCACAUACCCUCCUCUUAUUCACAUGCCCUCACUCUUAUUCACAUGCCCUCACUCUUAUUCACAUGCCCUCCUCUUAUUCCAACGCCCUCACUCUUAUUCACAUAACCUCCUCUUAA